ACCGGCCUUCUUGGAAUUCCUCAGGCCGGGUCCAGCCGAGGGAAUUCCCCGGAUCGCGGCGAACUGCCCGCCCCCUCGGCACCCUUUCCUCCGGCUCUCCGCCCCCGCUGGAGCUGCAGGCUGCCAAGGAAGGCUAGGGUGUCACGGCUGGAAAAUGAGUUGUGCCCGGAGGGUGGCCGGGGGCUGCAGCCACUGUCCGGUGCCGGUUCCCUCCAGCAGCCCGUAGAGGCGGCACCGGUGAGUGCAGUCCGCGCAACCGAUGCCUGGUUAAGAUGGAGAAGUUUCUGCAGAUCGCGCCACACUCUCUGGCCAUCGUCCUGGGCCCGGCCGACAGCUCCGCAGAGAAGCCCGGGACAGUUCAGCCCUCGCCCCCGGUUCCCACCCAACCCCGGCAGCUCGCCCGACACCACAUCGGGUACGAGAUCUUCGCAGAUUUCAAAGCGGAGAACAUGCAACACUUCUGGAACAAGAAGGUCACAGCCGCGGUGGCCGAGACUUUUUUCCUAGGCUGGAUCGACGAGCAGGUCUUGCUGAUCCAGGGCAAGGAGGAGCAUUUAGAGGCGCUGCGGGAGGGCUGGACGCGCAGGGCUCUGCGACCCCCCUCUGGCUUCCAGAUCCGCUGCUUGGGUGAUGUGUCACCAAUCAGUAUGUCCCCCAUCAGUCAGUCUCAGUUUAUUCCACUCGGGGAAAUCCUUUGCUUGGCCAUCUCUGCAAUGAACUCUGCGAGAAAGCCUGUCACCCAGGAGGCGCUGAUGGAACACCUGACCACAUGUUUCCCAGGUGUUCCAACCCCAAGCCAAGAAAUUCUACGGCAUACCCUAAACACACUGGUACGGGAGAGGAAAAUCUAUCCGACUCCGGAUGGCUAUUUCAUUGUGACCCCACAGACUUAUUUCAUUACUCCCUCCCUCAUAAGAACUAACAGUAAGUGGUACCACUUGGACGAGAGGGUACCUGACAGGUCUCAGUGCACCUCGCCACAACCAGGAACCAUAACGCCCUCUGCCUCAGGCUGCGUCAGGGAAAGGACAUUACCCAGAAAGCACUGCGACUCUUGCCACUGCUGCCGAGAAGACGUGCACAGCAUGCAUGCCUCCACCCUGCAGAGGAAGCCCGCCAAGGACUGCAAAGACCCUUACUGCCCUCCUCCGCUCUGCCAGGUGCCGCCCACUGAAAAAAGCAAAAGCACUAUAAAUUUCUCCUAUAAGACGGAAACUCUCUCGAAACCUAAAGAUGGUGAAAAGCAGUCCAAAAAAUUCGGCCUCAAGUUAUUCCGGCUGAGUUUUAAGAAAGACAAGACCAAACAGCUGGCCAAUUUCUCUGCCCAGUUUCCUCCCGAGGAGUGGCCUCUGCGAGAUGAGGACACGCCCACGACCAUCCCCCGGGAAGUGGAGAUGGAGAUCAUCCGGCGGAUCAACCCGGACUUGACGGUGGAAAAUGUCAUGAGACACACUGCCCUGAUGAAGAAACUUGAAGAAGAAAAAGCUCACCGGAGCAAAGCCGGGUCCUCCGCCCACCACAGUGGAAGGAGUAAAAAGAGCCGGACUCACCGCAAGUCCCACGGGAAGUCUCGGUCACACAGCAAGACGCGAGUGUCCAAAGGAGAUCCUUCGGAUGGCUCGCAUCUGGAUAUCCCCGGUGAGAGGGAGUAUGAAUUUUGCGACCCUCUAACCAGGGCCCCCAGAGAGGGCUGCUUCAUCAUUGAACACAAAGGGGACAACUUCAUCAUGCAUAGCAACACGAACGUGAUCGAGUCCCAUUUCCCCAUGACGCCAGAAUGGGAUGUGUCUGGCGAACUGGCCAAAAGGAGAACGGAGAUGCCCUUUCCCGAACCUUCCAGGGGAAGCUCCCACUCCAAAGUGCACCGAAGCCACAGCCAUACCCAGGACCGGAGAUCCAGGAAUGAGAGGUCCAACAAGGCCAAGGAGAGAUCCAGGUCGAUGGAUAACUCCAAAGGUCCCCUGGGGGCUUCUUCACUCGGGACUCCGGAAGACCUGGCUGAAGGCUGCAGCCAAGAUGACCAGACACCGAGCCAAUCAUACAUUGAUGACAGUACUUUAAGGCCUGCGCAAACGAUUGGUCAUCAAAGGGCUCAUAUUCCUUCUGCCAGCUACAAGGAGGUAUGCAUUCCAGAAAUAGUUGGUGGCAGCAAGGAACCUUCUAGUGCUUGUAGCCUUCUGGAGCCAGGCAAAACCCCCGAGAGUAUGCCGUCCUAUGGGGAACUCAGCCCUUGCCCGGCUAAAACAGCUGUGGAUGACUAUUUUCAGUGCAACACCUCGAGCGAGACCGUGCUCACAGCACCGUCCCCUUUAGGGAAGAAUAAGGAGGACCAUGACACUUUGACCUUGGUGGAGGGGGUAAAAAAGCUGUCUCCAUCUGAGAGGCAGACCCCCCAUUCUUCCAGGGAACCUGUUGGGCACAAGGAGGAGUCACCGAAAGGGCCAGGAGGGGGCCCUGCAGCCUCUGGUGGUGUGGCAGAGGGGUUAGCCAAUGGCCGCCUUGUACAACAUCACAGCGCAGAACCCAGCAGCCUGGACAAAAGGAAAGAAAUUUUCAGCAAAGACACACUGUUCAAACCUCUACACAGCACCCUGUCUGUAAACAGCUAUCACAAAUCUAGCUUGUCCCUCCUCAAGUCUCACCCAAAGUCACCCGUUGACACACUGCCAGGCCGUUGUGAGAAACUGGAACCUUCCCUUGGGACAUCCGCGGCCCAAGCCAUGCCUCCGUCCCAACGUCAGCAGGAGCCUGGAGGGAACCAGGAGGCUUCUUUUGACUAUUACAACGUCUCUGACGAUGACGACUCCGAGGAGGGGGCCAACAAAAAUGCGGAGGAGGAGAAAAACAGAGAUGAUGUGGGCACCAUGCAGUGGCUUCUGGAGAGGGAGAAGGAAAGAGACUUGCAGAGGAAGUUUGAGAAAAACCUCACCCUCCUCACCCCAAAAGAAACUGAUAGCAGCAGCAACCAGAGAGCCACCCACUCAGCCCGGCUGGACAGUAUGGAUAGCAGCAGCAUCACGGUGGACAGUGGAUUCAACUCCCCACGCACUCGGGAGAGCCUGGCUUCCAACACAUCAAGCAUUGUUGAAAGCAACCGCCGUCAGAAUCCUGCUUUGAGUCCAGCCCAUGGCGGGGCUGGUCCAACCUUCAACUUCCGCGCCAGUACGGAUCCCCCGACCAGCGAAGCUGAGAAAUUACAGAAACCUUCCAACUGCUUGCAAGCUUCUGUUACUAGUGUAUGAUUGUCCUUCUGCCUCAGAUCUUCUGUCUCAUCCGAUACAGCAACGUUUACGACGAUUGGGCCUGAUGUUUACAUCUCUGCAAAGACAAACAUCUCAAGCACAGGUUGGGGGUUACUUGAGCUGUGCUGCUAAGUAGGCUAGGGCAAAAAAAAAAAAAUCUUCAUUUUGGAGUAUUGCUUUUCACAUGUAUGGCUCUGUAGCAACCGAAUAGCAGUAGGGGAGAUGUACACACGUCUGCUCCCGCGUCACUAACUGUAUCUGAGCACACAUAGGAAAGUCUACACACUGUAAGUGGAACAUGCAUUUUUCAAUGUCAUACAGUUGCCAAUUUCCAUUCUGAAAUGCCACAGAGUUGUGUUGCUCCCAGCUGGCCUAUAGGGAAUGGGGCCAUGGAACUAAUUCUUGAUAGCCCCGCCUCCCUCAAAAAAAAAAAAAAAGCCGCCACAAAAUGUAAAUGUAGGGGUGUCCAUUGUGGAAAAGAAAAUCAAUGCCAAACUGGGCAGAAGGGACCCCAGCCCUUUGUGUGUGAGUCCUUUAAAGUACCAGUCAUUUUUCACUGUGAGUUUUCACGACACUCUUGCGGGAGGAGCCCAUGGGAGUGGGUCAGAGGUCCCGAUGGAUGGACGUAGUUAGAGUGUUUGUUUUCGCUCUUUUCCAGCUCACUGAUGCUUGUCUUGAGUAUUUUUUUUUUAACCUUCCCUAAUCACAGACCGGAAUAUAGGCCUUUGAAGUGGACAAAGGAAGGGAAAUGCAGUCUCACGGAGGAGGGCGGGGACACAGCACUGAGUGCUGGAGGAGGAGGGUGCAUGGAUGACCCGGAGGGAUGAAUCAGAUACUGGAGCGGGAUGCCUGCCUCCUUGAGACACUUAGGAUGAGCGAGCUUACUAUACUAGAUACAGUGAUUAGUUUGUUGGGAAACAAAAUGUUCUUUAUGGUACAAAUGAAGAAUGUGGCCUGAGGGUGUUAUUCUUUCUAAUGGAAGGGACAUAAAUCUAUUUUAUGUAGUUUUAAAUAGAAUGCCUAAAUUAGGCUGUGGGAGAUGAUUUUUAGUGGUUGUAGGAAAGAGCAAAUUUAGGGAGAGUUGAACUUCAGGCCUUUUAUUCCUGGGAAGAUAUCUAUAGAGACAAACAUUUAAAGUAAUUUUUGAUUAGAAAUAUACAUGGGCCCUUAUAAUGGACAGUGGAGUGUCCUCAUUCUGCUGGUGUGGUAUAUUCUUAAUUUGUACUCCCCUAAAAUGUAUCAGAAUGACAAUUAUGCAUUCAUGAACUAUGCCAGAGUAAUGUUUACAGAUACUUUGUAACAAUGUCAGGAGGCGCGUUCCGUUCCGGGGGAUUGUGUGGCAGUACCCUCAUCUUUUACAGUGGUUUCUCCACACUCUGGUUUAUGACGCUGUGCUCAGUAUCAAAAGGCUUGGCAGGAGGGGGCCCACUAACCAUUCCUCUUCAGUCCUACAGGAAAGGCGCUUCUGCCAAAGUCCCUGUUUCCUGAGAAGCACUGCAUACAUCUGUAGGUACUGGAAAUCCAUCUGCACCAGGGUUAGGUCUGAUCCCAGGAACAUGACCAGAGAUAAAGUUAUAUUCACUUUAGUGUCAGAUGAGUUUUGGAGCCAUAUACCAUAAUGAAUUCAUAACUAAAUGACUUAAAAUCAAUAUAAAAUAUUUUCCCUCAAGAUUCCGGUAACGAGCAUGUUUGUGAGCUACUUCUUUUUCUGUCAUAUGAAGUAGGUGGAAACACAUAUACUCAUUUUUGGUCUGCUAUUUGGAAGUUGUGUUGGGUCAAACUGGGCUCCUUAAGUUUGGUAUACAUUUCUUUUUUGUGCUUAUUGUAAUGAAGCUUAAGCAAGAUUCUCAAUAUACCGCUACAUCAUUGAAAUGCUUAAGGCAAUUGGCUUUGAAUCUCAUACUUCACUUCCUCCCAGGCAGGCCUCGGUUGUCCGGAAACACACUGUUUAUCUUAUCGCUUAAGUCAUGUCCAGAAAGAGCAACCAUGUAUCUUGUAUACUUUGUAGUCUGUUUGCUUAAGGAGCCAUAUACCAUAUGAUUCCUAGAUCUGGUCUAAAUUAAUCCCCCACCCCACCCCCAAAGAAAAAAAACCAACCUGCUCUGAAACUUUUGGCAUACUCAAGUCAUAAAUAAUAGGACCAUUCAAACAAUACAUUAGUCUCUGAUUGACCCUCUGAACGUAGCCAUUGGAAGAACCGAGUGCCCUGUGAACAGGAGAGGACGUAACUACGUUUAAGUGAAGCUUUAAAAUACGAAUUUUUGAUAGUUCACAAGAAACAGGUUUACAGAAGGUGUUAUUCAAACAAAAUGUGUACACUAUUCGCCUAAUCAUUAUGGAGUACAUGAUUUAAAAAUAAAUAAACAAAAGAACCUCCCUUAGACCAGCAGCCAUUAGCAUAGCAAGAUGGGCUUUAAAGAUGAUAUACCACACAAACAGACAUGCCGUGGAGAAACACUCCUGUGAGAAUCUAACCUGGAUUCUUGAAUAGAGGAAGCACUGGUGGUGGGAAGCACAUGGCAGAUAGGAUAUGCGCAUGUGUCUAAGAUGGUCUCAUCAAGAUGGUGAGACUCUUGACUCUCACAGCCUCAGGCUGAGGCCCUCUCUGGGCUUUGCCACGAUUAUUCUCCACUGGAACCACAGCUUUGUGUUCCAUGACGGCAUGUCUAGUUUUUAGAGUUUAUCAACGGAAAAGUUUACAAAACUGAGUCUGGUUGAAUCUCUGUGAGGCAUUCAACUUUAAAGGGUCAACACAUCUGUCGGCAUUUUGCACACUUAUAUAUUAUUAUGAUACAACAUAUUACUUUAUGGUAAUUUUUAUUUUUUACAUAUAACUACCUCCAUGAAUCUGAUGAAAUGGCAGCCACGGUGUGUUAAAGUGUGUUCUUAAGACAAAAAAGCAAUGUUUCAAACGCGUUUCAACAGUAGGCCAUGGUGUUGCGUGUGUGUCGGUGACUUACCCAUUGGACUCAUGACUUUUUCGUUGCCAUGGUUUUCUUUCACAACAUCCUUUGGCUUCCAACUAUAAGCCUGUUGUUCCCCUUUCUCUCUCCCUUCUCCCCCAUGAAAGCACAUUUGAUUUGUUACAAAUGAAUGAACAUUUUAAAAUUACUGUCUUCCCCGCUUCUCCACUUCUGCUAUUGAGAGAGAGAAAGAGAGAGAGAGAGAGAGAGAGAGAGAGAGAGAGAGAGAGAGAGAGAAAGUCCUCUUUGGCAAAGAGCCACUUGGUAAACAUUUAGGAAGUUAUUAAUUCCUAUAGAAAUUGAAUUGGAUUGCUACCCCCCCCCCAUAAGAAAAGACAUGAGAAAUUUGAACUGCCAACUUUGAAGCACUUUGGGCCUCUCUGCUUUUAUCAUACGCUACCCUAUGGAGCCCAAACUUCCUUCUUAUUAAAAGAACUGUGCCGUGCAUUCUGGGAUGUCUGUUAAGCAAUUUAUCUACCGUUUUAUAUAUCUUACACAUCUCAGGAGACCUUAAUGAGUGCAAAAAUAGGAUGUGUGCACACCCAAUAGGGAAAACCAAUAGGAAAGAAGAAAUGAGAGCAACCAGGUAGAAAUAAGAAAUGCCUGUGUUUUUUAUGUUGGGGAAUUCACAUUCAGGAAACACAAAUGGAAAGGGAAUGUGGAGGAGCAGUGAUUUAAACACCAGCUGUUCCUAAAUGUCUCUUUCUGAAACUGUUACAAUGGACAAUGAAAUUCUAUUGCAGCUGCCACCAAGACAGGAAGGGGGUGGGGGUGGGGGGUGUACCUAGAAGAACAUCCUUCCUCUUUUAGGUUAAGAUAGCUUUGUACAGUCCUACCUAGGAUUAAUCACUUGUCACCACAAAGUGUACUUGAAGGCAAAGCUUGUGGCGACAGUGAUGGGCACAGUUCUCACCAGACCAUUUGGGAGAGGUAGCAUUCUGAGCUUGCGCUAACAACCAGCGACU